CCAGGGCCCCCUCCCCGCUGGUGCGCGCGGGCCCGGGCCAGGCCGGACGCCCCUUCCCUUGGGCGGUUAGGUCCACGCGCCGGACCGCGCCCGGCCCAGAUUGCAGGCCCUGCGGAAGUGCGGGCCGCGCCAUCGCACUUAAAGGAUUUUGUCGCCUGCGGCCGCGAUUGAGUGGCGUUAGGGCGUGAGUCUUCUAGAGGAAUUCCAGAGGAAGCAGCAGGGAGGUCUGCAAAAGCGGGCCGGCCCCACCCCGUCUGCGGCGGCCGGGCGGUUCCGGGUCCCUAGUGGCCCUUUGUAAGGUGUCCCAGACCUAGCUAGAGGUGAGUAUGGCUGAGCAGGAGCCCACAGCCGAGCAGCUGGCACAGAUUGCGGCUGAGAAUGAGGAGGAUGAGCACUCGGUCAACUACAAGCCCCCGGCCCAGAAGAGCAUCCAGGAGAUCCAGGAGCUGGACAAGGACGACGAGAGUCUGCGCAAGUACAAGGAGGCCCUGCUGGGCCGUGUGGCUGUGUCCGCCGACCCCAACGUCCCCAAUGUUGUGGUGACCCGACUGAUCCUGGUUUGUAGCACCGCCCCGGGCCCCUUGGAGCUGGACCUGACAGGUGAUCUGGAGAGCUUUAAGAAGCAGUCCUUUGUGCUGAAGGAGGGUGUGGAAUACAGGAUAAAAAUCUCCUUCCGGGUGAACCGAGAGAUCGUGUCCGGCAUGAAGUACAUCCAGCACACGUACAGGAAAGGUGUUAAGAUUGACAAGACCGACUACAUGGUGGGGAGCUAUGGGCCUCGGGCAGAGGAAUACGAGUUCCUGACCCCCAUGGAGGAGGCCCCCAAGGGCAUGCUGGCUCGAGGCAGCUACAACAUCAAGUCCCGCUUCACAGACGACGACAGGACUGACCACCUGUCCUGGGAGUGGAACCUCACCAUCAAGAAGGAGUGGAAGGACUGAGCCGUGGCUGGGAGGUGGGCAGGGCGGGCGGACGGAAGGACGGACAUGCCCCUCCCCA